AUAGAUACUAAGUUCGACUAUUCUUUGUCGUGUGCCUCGUAAUGCUUUUAAUGCUUGUAAUUGUGUUAGUAUACUGUGUAUGGCAUGUUGGUGAGUGAUUAAGCGUGGUUUAAUUGAGGAAGGAAUUAUAGCGAUUAUAGCUGUGUGGUGAAAGUCGUAAGUAAGAUGAGUUUUGGAUUGCCACCUUUGAAACCCAAAUUUACUGGCCCAGAGAGGAUUGAUUUGAGUGAAGGAAGUUAUGGUGUUCCAAAUGUUAUGACAUGUGGGCUUCAGGCAACAAAAUCUAAACUGGAACCUUCCCAUCCCCUGCAGAUAUCUGAAAUGAAGUUUGCAGAAAAUAGAGAGCGGAUGGAGAUGGUAAUGCUGCGUAACACCCAGGGUCUUCAUGCCCCAUUACGAAUCAAAAUGGAACUUCAGGCAGCAAAGAAAAUAGGACGAUUACCGUUUUUGCCAAGUUCAGGAUUUAUGAGUGAUGUGCUGAGAGGUCGUGAUGAAGAAAUUGGGUUCGAGGACAUCCUCAAUACAGCAGAAUUUCGUGAACAGAUGGCAUGCCCACAUGCAGUUGUUGAGAGGCAACUGGGUUUAAUAUAAACAUAUGACACAAUUUUGUUAUGUAACAUGUUUAAAUUAAAUAAUAAAAUUAAUUACAAUUCAGAGUUUUAGCAAUUUAAUCAUUUUUGUGUCUUCCUAUAAAUGUGUGAUGUAGCGGUCAUGUUGUAAUGGUUAUAGCAGUGAGAGUUCACAAAAAAUUGCAGCUCUGGUGAAUUCUGUAUGAACUUUCACUGUAUAAUUUUGGAUUCAGUACUCGAAGUAACAGGUUGAUACUGGGUGGAAACAGAUUUUUCAGACAGGCAAGAACUUAUAUCAGAUUCAAUUCUGUCAGCUGUUGCCAUUACAGGAGAUGAAUGCAUAUGUAUGUCAUCAUUCUUGUGGGUAAAAGGUAAAAAAAGGUAAAGUCCCUGUACUUAACUAGGUAAAGACUACACCAUGAGACUACACCAUGAAAGUAUAUAGGGGGUGGAUUUAUAGAUCUACACAUUCUUGUGUGUGAAGUACUACUUUCCAAGGCUUUAUUCAUACACAGUUUUUACAAUUUUUAGUGAUCAAAGGUUGGAUGUCAUAUGUACACCAGGAUAUAUGGAAAUGUCCGUCAUGAAAAACUAAUGUGAUUGUAAAAGUCAAGAAUGGAUAGAACCUGUAUUUAGUUUGUUGAUAAUAAAAACUUUUAUCAUUUGUUUA